UGAAAAAUUUUGUGAGGGGGUUUUAUUUUGACAUAAGGUUUAUUGUGCGCCUGAACCAUAUCAAGGACCAGUGCUGUUGUCAUAGCUAGAGCGUAUUGUGGGGACAUCAUAGCCCGGGCGACAUACAAUUCAUUACAUAUUCAGCAGAGGGCGCUCAAACCGAAGCAUAAAAGAAUGACAUACGGAGAACCGAACUGAUUUUUCUGAUGAUUUAAGUAGGCAACCUAGCUAUCUAGCUGCACUGCUGCUGCUGGCCGUGGUGGUGUCCAUAAUGUUUAGUUCUAUAUUGAACGGUCUGAAAAAACUAACUCAAUGGUUAUCCGUUAUAUACCUCCGAAAACAGCCAGCUUGUGUGGCUUCACAACGAGAUAGCUAGGCUAUUUCACGAGUUGGACUCGGUUAGAUAGCUGAUGAGACAAUACAGCCCCGCUUUGGACGAGGCUGCUGCCGUGGGCUUUCAGGCAGCGCUACCAGUACCAUCGUGUUCUGAAGCGCUGACUCUGCACCUGUGCAGCAAGCUAACGUUGCCUAGGUAGCUUUCUAUCAUUACUAGACAGUGUUCGUGGAACCGUCAGCUGACAAACUAUGGCAAAGGUACAAGUAAACAGUGUAAUCGUACUGGAUAAUCCAUCUCCGUUUUUUAACCCCUUUCAGUUUGAGAUCACCUUCGAGUGUAUAGAAGAUUUGCCUGAAGAUCUGGAGUGGAAAAUAAUUUAUGUGGGAUCAGCAGAGAGUGAAGAAUAUGACCAGGUGCUGGACUCUGUUCUUGUUGGACCAGUGCCUGCAGGAAGGCACAUGUUUGUGUUCCAGGCUGAUGCAGCAAAUCCUGCCCUGAUCCCUGACGGAGAUGCAGUGGGAGUCACUGUCGUGUUGAUAACGUGUACCUACAGGACACACGAGUUUAUUCGGGUUGGGUAUUAUGUGAACAAUGAAUAUAUGGACCCAGAGCUCAGAGAAAAUCCACCCGUAAAACCAGAUUUUGCAAAGCUCCAGAGAAACAUCCUGGCCUCAAACCCACGAGUCACACGCUUCCACAUUAACUGGGAUGAGAGUAACGUGAAAAUGGAUCAUUCAGAGCCCCCAAACCUCAGCAUUCAGCCGUUGCUCACUUCAGACAACUCGACUUCAUCAUCUAAAGGGCUGGUCACUGGGAAUUCGUUACACCUCAUGUCAGACUCACUUAUGAACUGUCUAUGACUGACCAGCUUCAACGUCAUUGCCAUUCUGUGAAGGAAAGGCUUAUUCUGGAAAAAAUGGUCUUUCUAUGUUCUGUUUUAAUUGUGUGUGUUACUUUGUUAUAAUGCCAGUGAAUAUAACAUCAGGUUCUGAAAAGGCUAAGAUUCCUUUUGAUCGCCUCAUUUGUGGCAUUUCACCAUCUAAUUGCAAAACAGAAGUGCUGCUGUUAUUUUUGUGAGAGUUGCUCUCAGUCAGACCAACAUCUGUUUUCCACUGAUGGAGCAGUGCUGAACUAAGCCAUUCUAGACUAUGGCCUAGCUUAUCAAUGCAGUUGGUUUUACAUUAUCGUGCACAGUUGUAGGAGAGGUACAUAUUACUGCAAGAAAAAAUGUAACUUCAAGUUUCACUUUGUUAACAAAUGUAUUCAUCUUGUAUUAAUCCUUGUUCAAGUAGUGCUGGUUCUGUCCACAGCUGUGUAUGCUAUCUGUAAAAACUAUACAUUUGUUCUAACUAUUGAGCUUAACUGGUAGUUGCACUACGCAGAAUAUCGACAGAAUAUUUCUCCUUUUUGACAGUUUUGUAGCUGACUGACAAAAGUCACACAUCCUAUGCUCGUUGGUAACCACGCCAGCACUACAUUGGUUGUGGUGUAGAGUAAACAUGGGUAAACCUGGUUUGUUUUGAAAAAGACAUUUAUAUGACGGUGGAAGUCCACCUGCAAUUUGUGUAUAAGGGACUCACUGUUUGGCAGCUGCAACAAAAAGGCUCAAAUGAAUAUUAUAUUAUGCUGAUGAUGCAUACAACAUAGUUGAAAAUGGCAUUUGCUUUUUUGGUUUCAGAACAUGGUAUAAGAGCAAGAAGGCAUAAUAUUGGUGGAAAAUACCAAAUAAGGUACUUUAAAAGUGGAUGCUGCCAUUUCACGUGUAGCGGUUGGAAAGACACGUGUGUGAAAGAAAAAAAUGUAAUGAAUACAGGAAAGUUUUUUUUUUUUUUUUUUUUUUUUUUAAUGAGAAAAUAUUUUAGAAAAUUGGCCUGCUACCAAAGGAGGGAAGAUUGCAUUCUGCUGUGCAAAAUGCAUUCAUUACCUGCAAGAAAGCCAUUCAUUAGGGGCCAAAUAAUCAGACAUUUUUGCAGUGCAAGAUGUGCCACAUUGGCGGCGGUGAGGGUGGGGGGCGGGGUUGUUAAUUGACCACCAUUUGUCAUUUAUGGCAAUAAAAGUAUUUAAAUUUUGUCAAAUAUACUUCUGACAGUAGUGAGGAAGUCCAUCUGUGUGUGGAUUGAGAGACGGAUGGAAUUUUUCCAUGGGGAGUGAAAUGCCAUCCAACAAUAUGGAGGACUACUGUUCUUGUCAGACACAGAGCAUGCUAAAAUAAGUAGAGCCCAGACUGACAUGCAAAACUGAAAUUUUUAAAGACUGCUUCUGUCAGAUGAACUUGAAUAUAUAUAUAUGGCUUCACUUAAACAUAUAUAUAUACUGUAUGUGUGUGUGUGUGUGUGUAUAUAUAUAUAUAUAUAUAUAUAUAUAUAUAUAUAUAGUGUAAUAAUUUGAAAGCUAAAACAUCUAUCCAAUGUAUUUAACUGUGCUAAUCCAGGUUGUCAGAAUUAGCAUAGGCUAUAUUUUAUGUUACCAACAAGUGAACUAAAAAUGCAGUUGUACCCUGCUUAUGCAUGUUUAUGUAUUGGGUGAGCAGUACAACGUUUCCCCUCUAUUCACCAUUGACAGCAGUAGGUAGUUCAGACAGUGUUUAGUGUGACUGACUACAACACAGUAAAAAUAAGCGGGAGGGCAUCUCUUUGACUUCUGCCAACAUGCUGUCACUUAAGAAUCUUGAGAAUCCAUUGUACAGCGAUUGUUAUAUUGCUGAUGUCAGCCUUCUCACCCAGUUGGACAGUUUUAUAUUUCAAAACUACUCUGUGAAGCUAAGUUUAAUAAUAAUUUUAGUAAUAAAUGUUAUAGAUCUAACUAUAUUUUUCCAUAUAAUAUGCAAAAAUAUGAGAUUUUGCACACAAUCCACCAUUCACAUCUAAAGCAAAUAUUUUAAAAAUAUUUUAUUAAUGAAGAUUCCACAAUAUGUUAUGCUGAUAUGCUGAUGCUCUAACAUGCCAGCAUAUUAUUUGCUGCACAGACUUAGCAUGGGCUAAAAGUUUUGGUGAUUUUGCACUAAUCUUGCCUUUUAGUUCAUUAUUUUUUAAAGUACAUUUUAAGCUCUGUCUCUAAGUAUAUUGUGGCUUUGGCUUUGCUUUUCAUAGUACAGCAGGUGAUAAAAUGCAUUGUCUACAAUUAUUAAAAUGUGUCAUUUAAUAAUUGA